AUGAAAGCAUUGAACUUUAAUCAAGACGCUACAUGUUGUGUUGUCACUACAGCUCCACACUCCCUUACGAUAUAUAAUUGUGACCCAUUUGGUAAAUGCUUUGAGUUGGACACACGAACUAGAAACAACACGGGAAGCAAUGACAGUCUGGAUGGAACCGCACUUGAUGCAUCAGUGGCAAAUGAGGAAGAUAAUGGAAUUAUCGUACAGAUGUUGUUUUCUACCAGCUUGGUGGCCAUCGCAGACAGGAAUCAGGGCGUCAAGAAGGGAAAGAAGCUGAAAAUUGUCAAUACAAAGAGGAAAUCUACAAUUUGUGAAAUAGUGUUUCCCCAUGAAAUUGUAGAUGUUGUUAUGAAUAGAAAGAGAAUGUGUAUCCUUUUAGAAAGUGAUCAAAUUUUCAUAUAUGAUAUAUCCUGCAUGAAGCCAAUGACCACCAUAGACUUAUGGGAAGACCAUAUUAAGAGCAAUUCAAUGGUGGCAAAUAUUGCAGAGAAUAUGAGAGUUCAGAGUGAUGAACGGAACAAUACUACCAGAAAAAGAAGAAAUUCAGUAAGAAGCAGGCUAAGGCCCAGAAUUGCAUUAAGUAAUGAUGAUAGAAGUAUUUUGUGUUACACAGCUUACAGUAGCAAUAACAAUCGACCUGAUUCUUUCCUACUAAAUGAUAUUGUAGUGUAUGAUGCAUUGAAUGUGAAACCGCUUAAUUAUCUGAACACGGUGCAUAAGGGUAAUAUAGCUUGUCUAGCUGUCAGUCAUGAUGGGAAAUUGGUUACAACAGCAUCAGAUAAGGGGACUAUUGUGAGGGUAUUUAAUACGGGAGUGGAUAUGCAAUUCGAUUCUUCAAACUCUUUAGUUUAUGAAUUUAGACGUGGAUCUAGACCUUGUAAUUUGUAUCAAUUGAUCUUCGAUAGAAAGACAACUAAGAUAGGAUGCGUUGGUGACUCUGAUACGAUCCAUAUAUUUAGAUUAAGUUUAAACCAAGAUACGGAUACUGCCCCAGAGCUAGAUUCUGCGGAGGAAGAAUUACUAGAGCAGAAUAAUGAUAGCUCUUUGAAGAAAGUAUCUAAGGAUCAUUCUAAACAAUUGAAACAUUUUCUCUCUAAAAAGAUAAGGGAAUCCAUACCUAACCAAAAUUUACGUCGUGAUUUUGCACAUAUAUCAAUGAAAGAGUCAGUAAGAUAUUGUCUUGGGUUUCCUGAAGAGUUUCCAAGUCAAGUUUACGUUGCCGGUGAUGAUGGUAAGUUUAAUGUUUAUAGCUUGCCAUCGACACCAGGAGAAUGUGUACUGAUGAAAACCAGCAUAUUCAACUAA